GCGGCGGGGCUCCUCCUCUCCCGAGCAGGGCGGGCGGGGAGCUCAGUUAUCGCCGCGGCUGCCGCUGGGCGCUGGGACUCUGGACCCGAGAAGGCUGCUGCUGUGGCUAGUCGCCGGCUAGCAGUGGAGACGGCUUUCGGAGGACGUUUCUGGUAACCCGGCAUGGCUUUUGGGAAGAGCCAGAAGGAUCCCUUCGGCACCCCCGUGGGUCACCUGAUAGAAAAAGCCACUUUUGGAGCACUGCAGACGGAAGAGUGGGGACAGUUUAUGCACAUCUGCGAUAUUAUUAAUACGACUGAAGAAGGUCCCAAAGAUGCGAUCCGAGCAUUAAAGAAAAGGCUGUCCAAAAACUGCAAUCAUGUUGAGAUUCGUCUUACUCUGUCUCUUCUGGACAUGUGCAUGCAGAACUGUGGCCCGAGCUUCCAGUCUCUGGUUGUGAAGCGGGAUUUCUGCAAAGACCGCCUGAUAAAACUUCUGAAUCCAAGGUUCAACUUGCCUGUUGAUAUGCAGGAGAAAAUCUUGACCUUUAUCAUGACUUGGGCCCGAGGAUUCCAAGGUGCUGUGGAUGUGAGUGAAGUCAAGGAGGUGUACCUGGAGCUUCUCAAGAAAGGAGUCGAGUUUCCAGCCUGUGGAAUCCAGAAGCCUUUGACUCAGACCUCCACGAAGGCAUUAUUGUUGCACAGUACCUCCAAGAAUGGUUUGACAGGGUCCCUCCCUGCAGGUACAACAAUAACACUGAUUCCCGAACAGAUUGGGAAGCUGUACAGUGAACUGGAUAUGGCAAAAAUGAACGCGAGGGUCAUGUCGGCAAUACUGAAGGAAAAUGUCCCUGGAUCAGAGAAUCCAGACGAUAUGGAACUUCUACAGAAGCUCUAUAAGACGUGUCGAGUAAUGCAAGAGAGGAUCAUGGAACUGCUAGCAACAGUGCAGAAUGAAGAUGUGAUAACUGAAUUAAUACAAGUGAAUGAAAAUCUGAAUAACGUCCUGUUGGGACAUGAAAGGUUCUCUAGAAACAGAGUCCGCUUCCUGGAGAAUCAAAGGAUUCAAAAUGAACGCACAGCAGUCAAUGGCAACCAGCCCUCUGCUCCCUCAUCUGACUUGCUUGACCUCGAGUCAAGUUUUCCAGCUACAGUGCCAAAGCCGGGGGGAGCUGACCCUGUGACUUCUCCGUUUUCAGAAUUAAACUGCAGGCCAUCAAGUGUUGCUGUUCCAAGCCCCCACCUGAUGCAACCAUCACUUUACCCUCAGCUCAACCCACUACCUCCUGCAAAUACCCUACAGACCACGUUCGUGACAGAAGCACAGAGCACAAGUCAAAGCUUUCCAGUUGCCAACCAAUAUGAGAACGUAAACUCCAUUUUAAAUCCUGUGCCUCUCCAACCAGUAAGCCUUCAGAUUAAUGGGACAAGAGAUAUACCAGCAGCAGAUGGGUCCAAAAGGCACACACCACCUCCCAAUUACUACGAGCUCAUGGAGUUUGAUCCACUGGCUCCCAGCGACAAAACAGAACCUAUUUAUGAAGAAAUUGACGCACAUCUCUUCAGACCUAGUGUUAAAGGUCAUACCAGCUGCUAGCCUCAAGCCAUCCAACAAAAGUAUCUUCUUUUCCUGCACUAGAGACUGUUUUGGUAACUCAAAGGCUUAUCGGUUAAGUAACAAUACUUAUUGAAUAAGUAGGAAACGUCUCUCUCUGGCAUACAACCUAAGGUGUGGCUCCUUCAUACUGUACCUUAAGUGCAUUAUUUGAUGUUAAGUUCCAAUGGAUCGCUAAGAGUGCAGGGUUCUCCAUAUAUUUUGGAUUGAAGUCUACAAAUGACAUACAGCAUACUUUCCAAAAAGUUGAUGAGAAUUCCACACGUUGUAAUUGACACCGUAAGUCUUUCACUCACUUAAUUAUAUGUUAAAUACUUUCAGUUUGAAGAAAUACAUAAAGGGAACU